CAACAACAACACACAAACACAACACAACACUGUACAAUAACACUAUACACCAGCAUGGUAAGCACCUGUUUACAUCUGCAAACAGCCUCAGUCCACUAACAGCCAGCUGCAGACAGGGAGCAGCUGGUGAACAUGUGGAGCAUUUAGCUGCUGAAGAGAAGGUGGUGGAGACCAAACAUGGAGACAAAAGAGAGGAAACACUGCACUGAGACCGAUGAUGUGGAAACAAUCAGCUGUUCAAAAAUAUCAACUUGAAAAGGUGAUGAUGUCAGUGUUGUGUGUGUUUAUUGUCAAUCACACACUGAAAGAACAAAACAUCAAAUCAAAGCUUCCAGAGACAAUUGUAGUGUUUGUCCAUCAUCUCACUGACUCUGGAGAAAAUCUGAGAGAGUUUUGUGUUAUCAAGUUUUUAGCCCCACUCCUGGUCUCACUUGGUUUGUCCUAGUCUGUCCUGUUCUGUCAUUGUCUGUCCUGGUCUGUCCUGGUCUGUCCCUCUCUGCCCUGGUCUGUUUCUGUCUAACUUAGCCAUUUGUGUUCUCAGUAAUCCUGUUAGCAGAGUUUCUCUGUUCUAAUCCUCCGUCAGAGCUCAGAUCCCUGCAGGUCUUCACAGCCUCUUCAGCACAGCUCUGGGGGAAACUGCUGGACCCCGAUUGAACGACUCAGGAUGUUGAGCUGGGUGGUUAAAGUCGUUCCGCAGCCGCCUGAGCCUCCUUCCAAAAAAGGCUAUGAGAAGAAGGAGGAGGAACCAGCCGCAGCCCCGCCCCCGGUACAGGCCCCUCCCCAAGUCGCAGCUCCUCCUCCUGCUGUAUCUACAAGACCUGCACCAGAGAAGAAAGUGACGUUUCAGGAUGAGAGUAAAUCCAAACAGGAAGCUGAGACGGCCGAGGGCAACGGCUCUCAGCCCGGCGUGUUGACGUGGAUUAGUGGAGCUCUGCCUCAACCUGCAGCCUCACCUAAACUGAGCCGGGACAGCACCACCACGACCUCCACCACGACCUCCACCACCCCCCCUGCCACGGAGGAAAACCCAACAGCCAGUAAACCUGACGAUGAGAAGGGGAUGUUGGCGUGGUUCACUCAGGGUUUGGAGAAAGUUGUUCCUCAGCCUGAUUUGAAGAACAAAGACUCUGCUGAGGUGCAUCAGGCAGCAGCUGCUCCAGCAGAGCCUCAGGUUAAUGUGCGACAAGACAAAGACGACACAACUGACAACAAGCCUCUCCCACCCAGGAUGAUGGACUGGAUAAAACAGGGUAUAGAGAAGGUGGUUCCUCAGCCAGAGAUCAAUGUUUACUCAAAGACAGACGGCAACAUCAAGACUGAGGCUCCUGCUUCCACUGAAGCUCCACCUCAAGAACCACCACCUCCCCCAAAACCAGCAGCUGACACUGGGAAGUCGUCCAAAAAAGCAGAGCAGCAGCCUGAGUCGUUCAAAGAAGCAGAGCAGCAGCCUAAUAUGAUGGGCUGGAUCUUCAGUGGCAUCGGUCGCAUGAUUCCUCAGCCUGUACAGAAGCAGGACACAGGCUGUGAAGUGCAGAACAUUAGCAUCGUGCAGCAGAGGACAGACCUGGUGCUGGAGGACGUAGGACAAGACGAGGACGCAGAGGUGAAGAACGAAGAGAAGGUGAAGAAAGAGGAUGCAGAGAAGCAGGUGGAUCAACCCACUUCCAGCAUCAAGGAGGAGGCAGGAGGAGCAGUACUCGCUCACAUGGAUGAAAGAGUGCAGCAGGAGCGUCUGGAGGUGGCCCGGGUCGCAGAGGACAUCGCCAGGAAGGCAGCGGAGGAGGCAGUCCGCCAGCUGGAGGAGGAGCAGUCAGCUAAGAUUGUGAUAGAGACCCUGCCAGAGUCCAACGAACUGCCCAACAUCCUGGAGGAGGAAAAUGAGGAAGACCCUGAGUGCAUGAUGGUCGUCUGUCCAGCUCAAGAUGAUGCUGAGGCUACGACUGCACUGGACAAAGUCGACUCUGCUGCAAAGACAAUCCAACCGCCCACCGAAUCCAAACUACCGGAGGAAAAGACUCCUUCAUCCACAGAUGUGGAACCAGCAUCGAAGAAGAUAGACCUGGAGAGUCCUGUCCUACAGCCAGUCACCCAGCAGCCACAGCCACAAGCUCCUCAGGGCAGCAAAGCAGCAGCAGCAGCAGACGAGGGGGGGUGUGGAGCCGCGACGCUGAAGGCGGAGGAUGUGGAUCAGGAUGUGAGGCAGAGAAAAGUCCUGAACAUCCCCCAUAUUAUGACAACCCUAGAACCAGAGUCCACUGCUCUGACUGUCCCUAGCGUGCCGCUGUCCAACCUCAGUUCUGCAGAUGAGAAUGAUGAUGAGCCGAUGAGGACUGAUCUCAGGACCUGGCCCGGUCAGGGAGAUCUACUGACUGCAGAUGACGAGAUGCGUCCUCUGUCAGCUGCCAGCGUCGGCAGCGUCGUGAUCCAGGAUCGUCUGAGUGAACUUGUCAAGUUAUUCAGGGGUCGAACCGAGCAUCAGAAAGAGCGACUGGUGGACCAGGACGAGUCAGAGGGAGAGAGUCCAACAGCCUCCCCAAGCAAAGCUCCACCUCCCCCUCCUCCAGCAGAGGAGAAGAAGGAAGAAGGGGCAGCAGAAAAAGACGAAGAAGAAGACGACGAAGAAGAAGAGGCAUUGUUCCAGUUUAAACUUCUUGGACUCCCAGUAAAAAUUCCCAAACUGUUCAAACUUCCCCCAAUGCCUUACUGGCUCCGAGCCAUCGUGGAGUACCGCUUCCCCUCCAGCAUUGACCAGUUCACCGACCUGAUCUAUGUGAUCUGGCUGUUCUUCGUGGUGGCGGCGUGGAACUGGAACAUGUGGCUGAUUCCGGUCCGCUGGGCGUUCCCCUACCAAACCCCCGAGAACAUCCACCUGUGGCUGCUGGUCGACUACACCUGUGACCUCAUCUACAUCACAGACAUCCUCGUGUUCCAGCCCAGACUGCAGUUCGUCCGUGGAGGAGACAUCGUGUGUGAUAAAAAGGACAUGAGAGAAAACUACAUGACGACUGAAAGAUUUAAGAUGGACGUCAUCAGUCUGUUUCCUAUGGAGAUAUUUUACUACUUCACAGGUGUGAACUCUCUGCUGAGGUUCCCUCGUCUGUUGAAGUACAUGGUUUUCUUUGAGUUCAACGACAGAAUGGAAGCUGUGAUGAAGAAAGCCUACAUCUACAGGGUGAUCCGAACCUCCAUGUACCUGUUGUACUCUCUGCACAUAAACGCCUGUCUCUUCUACUGGGGCUCGGACUACGAGGGAUUGGGAUCCACCAAAUGGGUUUAUAAUGGAAAAGGAAAUGCGUACAUCCGAUGUUACUACUUUGCCGUGAAGACGCUGAUCACCAUCGGAGGUCUGCCCGACCCCACCACCGUCUUCGAGAUCUGCUUCCAGCUCAUUAACUACUUUGUUGGCGUCUUUGCUUUUUCUAUCAUGAUCGGUCAGAUGAGAGAUGUGGUGGGAGCAGCGACGGCCGGUGAGAACUAUUACCGGGCCUGUAUGGACAGCACCGUUCAGUACAUGAACUCGUACCACAUCCCCCGAGAGGUUCAGAACCGCAUCAAGACCUGGUACGACUACACCUGGAAGAUCCAGGGCAUGCUGGACGAACAGGAGCUCCUAGUUCAACUUCCUACUAAGAUGAGAAUGGACAUCGCUGUGGACGUCAACUACGCCAUCGUCAGUAAAGUCGCCCUUUUCCAGGGCUGUGACAGACAGAUGGUGUUUGACAUGCUGACGAGGCUCAAGUCUGUCGUUUACCUGCCUGGAGACUUUGUCUGUAAAAAGGGGGAGAUCGGCAGGGAGAUGUACAUCAUCAAACAGGGGGAGGUUCAGGUGGUGGGCGGUCCUGACCUGCAGAUUGUGUUUGUCACCAUCAGAGCCGGCUCGGUGUUUGGAGAGAUCAGUCUGUUGGCGGGAGGUGGAGGGAACAGACGAACGGCCAACGUGAAAGCUCACGGAUUCGCUAACCUCUUCAUCCUGGAUAAGAAAGACCUGGCGGAGAUCCUGGUCCACUACCCAGAGUCCCAGAAGCUGCUCCGCAAGAAGGCGAAGAAGAUGUUGACGAAGGACACGAAGCCGGAUGAGAAGGAGGGAGGUAGAGGGGCGGUGGAGGUCAUCCCACCCCGACCGGACACCCCCCAGAUGUUCAAGGCGGCGCUGAAGGUGGCGGAGCAGGCGGGAAUAGAGGGAACCUUCGUCAAACUGAAGAAGUCCUACAAAGCGUCUCAGAGCACUGAGGCGUCCUCCUCCAUCUCUCCACUCCCACCUCCCUCUCCGACGCGCCACCGCUCUCCGGUCCCUCACUUCCUGGUGAAGGACGAAGAGGACGCGGUGGCGGAGACAGCUGACAGCUCCGUCGUCAUCAGGAUGACGCCGCGACAGGAAGGCGAGGAGAUGCUGUCCGUGGAGGUGCUGCCCAAGGAGGGAGGAAAGGAGUGAUGUGACAGGAAAUCCUUGCAGGAUGUCUCCUUAAAGAGUCCCUCUGCUUCCCAGAAUGCCUUUCACUGAAAACCAAAGAGGGGGCACGGGAUGCCCCAGUGCAUUAUGGUCUCAUCUGUUUCUUCUUCUCUGGAAGUUUUCUCUCAGUUCUAUUAUUUUAAACUAAAAUCUCCAAAAUGUUUCUCAAACUUGUUUUCAAUCUGCCCCCCCCCCC